AUGUAAUAAAUGAAUAAAACUGGAACAGGUUUUAAGACACUUAAAUUAAGAUCAUCUCACUCCUUUCGUCCAUAGAGUGCUUAUUAAGAAUAAAUAGUAAGCAUAAUUCCAUUUGAAAUGAGUGAACAAGCUUACUCAACCUCUCUUAAGAUGGACCUAUUAAAUAUUGAGGAUGAAAUUUCAAAACUGAAUAAAUUGGGCAUUCAAUAAUCUCGAUUGAAUUCAAACCAUACCCAAAAAAUAAAACAAUGGAUUUCAAAUAUAAAAAUGAAUGAUAAAUGUUUGGAUCCUCAAAGAGUUAUUCAAAUUUGCAAUUGUUCUGAUGCCAAUGAGACUUUAGUUAAAUUGUACAAUAUGAUAUAAAACUUUGACUUCUACGUCAAUAAAAUAACAGAGCUCCAAUGUAUUCAUUACUUAUAAUACGAAUAAUGUUUUACUAACUUCUAAUCGAAUUACUUCUAAAAAAUAGCAUCUCAAGGUAUAUUGCCAAAUAGAAUUAUUGAAUACUUAGUUUAAAAGAAAGGGGAUCUGAAUCACUCGAAUGGAGAAAGCAUUUUACAAUAAAAACUGUAUGAAUUAAAAGACGAGAACUUAAAACUAUUGAGUGACAUCAAAUAGUUAAAAAGUCAAUGUAGAAAGUUGUAAGAUUAACUAUAAAAUUCAACCACUUUGAGUCAAAGUUAAUUGAGUCAGGUUACAGUUGAAUUGCCUCCUAAUCCUACUUCAUAUUAUAAUAAAGUAAUUGAUGAAGUCAAAGAUAGUUAUUAGAAUCUCGUCACUAUGCUUAGAGAUGAAAAUCUAUAGCUUGGAUUAAGAUUAAGCGAAAUGCAAUCAAAAUAUACAAAUGCGAGCAAUGAAAUCAUAGAAUUAAAUAAGAAAGUUGAUAGUAUGAAGACUCAGAAAGAUGACUUGUAUAAGAGAUUUGUGGCUAAAUACAAAACUACAGAGGAGUUUGAAUAAUCAUAUGAAGCUGCCUUAAAGGAGGAAUACACUUCUAUGGAAAUAUCAUUCAAACAAAAAAUAUCAUAGUUAUAACACAGUAUUGAUCAAAAUAGUAGAGACUAUUAAAAGAAAUUGCUUGAGCAGAAAUAAGUUAUAGAUUAAUAGACCGAUAGAGAAAGAAUGUUAAUUAAAAAAAUGAGUUUAUAUUAAAAACUUUGA